GACGGACGGACAGGCAACAUUCAGGCAUUCUGGAUGGCUCUCAUUGACAAACAGACAGAGUGACUGCUGAACCUUGCGACUAUCCUCCACCAACCCAUUGACCGACGUCAAGGCCGACUCAGCGCCGCCCCGUAAGCGCCAGUCAUGGCUUCCUCGCUCGCCGCGCAGUUGGCGCAGGUCGCCGCCAAUUCAAAGUCGUCCCUCAACGUCAAGGCUCAGAAGGCUGCCCACUCCAAGUCGCUGAUCUGGGAGCCUCGCGUUGCUGCCUCGCAGAGCUACCAGACGCUCUACACGACCUGCCACCAGGGAUUCGAGGAGUUGUGCCAGCUCGACAGUCGAUUUGCGCACUUCCAGGCCACCAUUUUCGGCGAAGACAGCCAGACGCAGGACCGGAACCAGCUGUCACCGGCCGAGAACCAAGAGUUGGAUAAGCAGAUUGACGCAUUCUUGCGUCUGGCCGGUGCACGGCUGCGUCUGAUGCCUGCGAUCAAGGCCAUCGAAUGGUUGAUCAGAAGAUUCCGUAUCCACGAAGAAAACACAAGCGCGCUAAUCAAGACAUUCUUGCCGUUCCACUCGAUACCUGCCUUCGCCACGCUGCUCUCUAUCCUUCCUGCAAAGAUACCCGCCGAGUUCCGCUUCCUCGAUCCAUACGUUCGCUCCCAAACAUCACCUCCUCGGUCCGUGCUCGUGCACCAAGCCGUGCACCACCCGGAACUUGUCACGCUGUACUCUGAGUACACUCUCGAAUCAUGUCGCAUGCAGUUCCAGCACCCUGCGCUCAUCUCCUUCUGGGCAGGUCUUUUGACUGAAGCAGUCAGCGGCAUCCUCGACCGGUCGCGAUCCGGCCGCGUGGCGGUGCAGAAGGACAAUGACCAGGCUCUCCUCCAUCGUCUCGGACCCAUCUUCGCCGAAGCUCUGGUUAUGAAGAAGGUUCCUGCCCUGCAGAUUGCUUCGUACAUGGCGCUUGCUGUGUUCGUCGCCAAGGGCAAUCUCGAAGAUGUCGCUGUGACAGCGUUUAUGGAGCAGACUGUGCUCGGAUGGACGAAUGCGACGGUCCGACCCGCUUUGGUGAGCUUGGUUAUCAUGGCGCAGCAUCGAUCAGCCAAGCAGAUGAGCAGCAAGGUCACAAAGGCAUUGCUCAAGAUCUCGGAUAUUGGGCCGUUGCUGGUGGAGAUUGGCCAGGAGAGGCGCGUCGACAAGCUGGCCAACGGACUCUGCCUGGCACUGGUCGAGCGCUUCACCAAAAAGUGCGACUCGCGUGGUCUGCCCACCAUCAUGGCCAUUCUCGAGAGCCGGAUCCUCAAGGACAAGCAGAUUGCGGUGAUCUUCAAGUCGCUGCUGCUCACAGCACUCAAGCUCGACGACGGCAACGACAAGGAUGGAGCUUUGCGAAGAGAGCUCGGAUCGGCGCUAAUCGCUCUCUCGCAAACCACGGGAGAGUCUGGCGAGGUCAUCCAGUCGGUCAUUAGAGAUGUGGACUUUGACAUUGAGGAGCUUGAGAUGAAGCUCGACCUGUCUUUCCGAUCCCGUCAUAUCCCAGAAGUCGCCGAUGCUGAGGCCACCAAGGAGGAAGCCCCACAAGAGACAGUACACGAGAGGAUCGAUAGGUCUUUCAAGGAAAUCGAGUCCAGCAAGAGCGCUCUGUCGCCUUGUCUUCUGCCGCAGAAGAAGGAGAUAUUUGAAGAGUUCAGCCACCUGUUCUUCUCCAUCGUUGCUGAGCAGGCCAAGCAUCCUUCGUGGCUUGAAAAGAUGGACGAGCAGGCCAAGUUACGUCGUAGGACCGCUCUCAGCGACUGCACGUACUGCAGCUUCUUCACCCGCAUCUGGUGUGGACCAUACCCGGCCAUGGCUCGCGCGGCCGCAUUGGACAUGGUGAAAACUCGACUACAAGACGACACCGAGACCAAGCCAGAUAUGCAGGCCCUCAUUCCUUACUGCGUGGCUGCGCUCGGCGACCCCUCGAAACGCGUUCGCCAAGCUGCGGCAGGGCUGAUGACCGCACUGGCACACACAUACUCGUCCCUGAGCUCGGACUCAUCGAUAUGGGGCGAUGGCGAGUUGUACGGAAAGGGAUCAAAGUUUGUGGCCUUGAGCUCUGAGAUGGCCGCCAAGAUGCUCCAUCUCCAGAUCUUGCCUUCACUCGAGGAAUGUGUACUGGACCCCGGUCAUAUCUUCGCCAUCAUCUCCACGUCCAUGGAGACGGGCAAAUAUCACAAGCGACCAGACCCUGCGAUUGAGAAGAAGGAUCACAUGUCGCAGGCCAUGCGGCUGGCGUUGAUGGGAUUCUUUGCCGUGCAUGCUGUCUCGACGCCCAUCUUGCUGGUCAAGGAUAGACUGCUGCGAGCACUGAACGAGACUCGCGGCGUCUCUGGCACCAGCCGGACCAAGGUUCUACUGCCUGCUCUGCAAUGGUGGGCAGAGCUAGGUCAGGAGGAGGCGCAGACGCUCUGCGCCAAGGAGCAGCUGGACCAGGCUACCAUUGACUCACGUUUUGUCGACAUUCUUGUGCCCAACGAGGUGGAUGGCCUCGAGUUCGUCUUCAACUUUCUCAAGAACCCCGACAACAGAGAAAGAGACGGGCUCGUGCAGGCUCUGCUUGCGCGCAUCAGGAAGAUCUGGCCCGCCCUCAAGGACGAUGUCAAGUUCAUGGUUGCCGAGCAGCUCCUCGAGAUUUCCCAGGAGAAUACCGACGAGAACGCUGACAACUUUGUGCCCGGCGAGGCGGCCGACCUGCUGCGCAGUGUCCCCUUGACCACCGACAUCCUUUCGUCCUUCCUUGACUCCAUCAAGACCGGCACCAAGAUGAUCACCGAACCACCACCCAACAAGCGACGCCGCAGGAGCUCUGCCGAGAACAACCGCAGUCUGUCCACGCGGGCAAGCUCCGAGAUCAGCCUUGCCCUGAGGCGCGUCACCUUUGUCCUGCAGCUCGUGGAGAACUCUGACCCCGUCAACCACCCUGAGCUCCUCGACGGGCUCUUCACUGCUCUCUCUGAGCUGCAGCACUUCAGGACCGUCGUCGGCUCCGAGCUCGGAUACUUGCAGAACCUCAUUCUUCGCAGCCUGCUUGCCAUGAUGCCCACCUACAAGGCCGACAAGAACCUCAAGAUCAGCACCUCUGGCGGUUACGGCGACCUCCUCGUCAACUGCAUCCAAAAGUCGUCGAGCCCCGUCGUCCAAAAUGCGGCGCUGCUCCUCAUUGCCAGCUUCGCCACCACGGCACCGAACUUGGUCCUGCAUAGUGUCAUGCCCAUCUUCACGUUCAUGGGGACGUCUGUGCUUCGCCAGAGCGAUGACUACUCGGCGCAUGUUGUCGCCCAGACAAUCAAGGAGGUUGUGCCGCCCCUCAUCGAUUCUCUCCGCCACGGGAAGAAGAGCCCCGUCGCCGGCGCCGCCGAAAUCCUCGUCAGCUUCACUACGGCCUACGAGCACAUUCCAUCUCACAGGAGGGAGGACCUUUUCUACGCUCUGGUCGAGACGCUCGGCGCGUCCGAGUUCCUGUACGCUCUGGUCAGCAUGCUCGUCGACCGCUACGGCCCCAGCGACGCACUGCUACAGUUCGUCACCAGCCUCCUGAACCGCUUCCCAAUCGAGGUGCAGAUGGAGACCCUUGUGAAGCACUGGGAUCUCAUAGCAGACCUCUUCCGGCCCAAGCCCGACAUCUCCUUUGCCCUUCUUGGCGUCAGUGAAGACGGCGAGAAGGAUGUCGAGCAGAUUGCUCUGCGUCAACUAUCCGCCUUCCCCACAUUCCUGUCCAGCAAGAAGUUGAGGUCGGAGAUUUCCAAGUUGGUAGACCAGGACGACAUGGAGGCUUCCGAGGUGCGCACCCUGUACUCUGCGCUGCUCGAGAACGUCCUGCUCCUGGCCGACCAGGUCAAGGGCAACAAGGCACUCCACCCUCGCUGCGGCGCCACGCUCGCCAACCUGCUCAACUUGCUGUCCAUUGGCGAGUUCAUCAAGUCGGUUGAGAACCUGCUCGACCGCCCCAACAUGGGUCUGCGUCAAAAGGUCCUGCGCGCGCUCGAGGUCCGCGUCGACAAGGAGAGCAACACGGACGUGUCCUCGCGUACCGUGCUGCUGGCCUUCCUCCCACAGCUCACCGCGGCGAUCCGCGAGUCCACCGAUAUUCGUUACAAGCACACUGCCGUCACCUGCGUCGACAAGAUUGCCGAGAAGUACGGCAAGAAGGACAUUGAGGCUGUCGUUGCCGCGGCAUCUACCAUCGCCGGCGAGCACUGUCUCGGACAGGACGACAAGCGCCUGCGUGUCAUGGCGCUGCUGUGCCUCACAUCGCUAGUCGACGUGCUACAGGACGCGAUUGUGCCUGUGCUUCCUCUCGCCGUGCCUCAGGCCGUGCAGUACAUGAGCGACAGCCUGCAGGGCGAAGAGCCCGACGAGGAUCUACACUCCGCCUGCUACGGCUUCAUCAGUUCCCUGGCUGAGCACCUCCCAUACAUGCUCUCGAACCACAUCGGGCGCAUCCUCGAGAUCUCAAACGCUUCGGCUGAGGCAGAGCUGAGCGACGAGGCAAAUGCAGGCCGCGUCAGCUGUCUCGAAUUCCUGGCCAAGCGCCUCGAGGCCAAGGAGGUCUUUACCAGCUUCGACAAGAACUGGGACAGCGCCGUGUCGGCCGGCUUCAAAGUGAGUUGUGACAUGGUCCCAUUGCCCCUUUCUAGCAAAACUAACUCUUCUCCUUUCUUGCAGGCCAUGACCGAGUACCUCAAUAUCCUGGGCAAAGCCCUCGACAAGCACUCCAAGGCCAACAUUGCCAAGAGCGCCGCGACACUCACGAGCAUCAUCACCAAGGGUCUCGACCUCCGCCGCCAGAAGCAGGCCCAGACCCAGGUCCAGGACGGCCGGUCCACCGAGGAGGAGGAGUCCUCCAUCACCGCCGUGGAGGCCAACCUCAACGAAAAAGCGCUCAAGAUGAUCUACAAGCUCAACGACGCCUCCUUCCGCCCCAUCUUCAUCCAGAUUGUCGAGUGGACGACCUCCGGCCUGCCCAAGUCGGACAAGACAGGUCGCGCCCUGCGUCAGUACAGCGUCUACGGCUUCCUGCACACCUUCUUCGCGAACCUCAAGUCCAUCGUGACCAACUACUCGACGUACAUUGUCGACGACGCGGUGAAGACCCUCCAGACGAGCGCGCCCGGCGGCAAGCACCCGGAGCAGCGGCGGCUCUGGGCCCGCGUCCUCGCCACGCUCAAGCAGAGCUUUGAGCACGACCAGGACGACUUCUGGCAGGCGCCGUCGCAUUUUGGCGCUGUGGCCCCUGUGCUUAUGGAGCAGUUCCUGCACGCGCCUAACAUUGAUGUGGAGGCCGACCUGAUCCCGGCUGUCGUCGAGCUCGCCGAGAGGGUGGCCUCGCCCGCGGCCCAGAAGGAGCUGAACACGGCGCUGCUGCAGCACCUCAAGUCGGAGCAGCGCGCGGUGCGCCUGGCGGCCGUCAAGUGCGAGCAGCAGCUCAUGGACAGACUGGGCGAGGAGUGGCUGACCAUGUUGACGGAGAUGUUGCCGCGCAUCAGCGAGCUGCAGGAAGACGAUGAUGAGGAGGUCGAGAGGGAGACACACAAGUGGAUUGUCAAGAUUGAGGCUGUGCUGGGUGAGCCGUUGGAUGCCAUGUUGCAGUAGAUGAAGAUGUGUUGUGACGGCCGGUUGUGAGGCCCACAGUUGAUAUUGUUUGGUAUAAGGACGUGGACAUCUGUCUAGAUAUACAAAUUAAAGUGUAAGCAUGAAUCACUUUGUCAAAGUGGAAGCAACAUUAGCUGUGUCACAAAUAGGCAGUGAUUAGCAUGGAUGGCAUAAACAGCAUAGCAGGGCAUCGACUUGCGCGAGAACAUCAUUACAGAUUACAUGAUAUGUAUAAUCAGA